AUGGACACAAGUCAGGCAAUAGUUACUGUUACACGAUCUGGUGGCUUUGAAAGUUACGUGGACGAUCCACCACUAACGCAGAUCGGACGUGCUGACGCUGAGUUGGUUGGUCGUUCUUUGUCCGCAAGAAACUUUCACGUUCAUACCAUUUACACUUCACCUUCACUUAGAUGCUUACAGACAGCUAUUGCCAUCAUGUCAACGUUAAAUUGUCGCAAACCGCUUAGAUUACGUAUCGAACCUGCCCUUUACGAACCACUCAGCUUUAUUGGAAAGGUUCCACAAUUUCUUAGUCGACGAGACCUUCAAGCAAAUGGAUAUGUCUGUGACGAGCAUUACGUACCUGUUAUGUCAGUCAACGAUCUUAAAUCUUCACUUGAACAAGAGCUUAGGCCCAGUGAUAUUCAAAUGAGGGUGGAAAAGGCUGUAAAUAGGAUUUUGUCGGGAGGAAAACAAGAAGGCGAUAUAUUGGUCGUAUCUCAUGCACCAAUGCUUGAUGCCUUAUACAGGAUAGUGAUGAAUCGAACUGAUAUGCCACGUACGAUGGGUGACAUACAACGUUUGAUACACUACUAUCCACACUGCUCGAUGACCAUUUUGCAAUAUAAUCCAUUAGCUAAAAGAUGGGAAAAUCGACAAGAUAUUAUGCCACCGUUGACUUAUUGGCAUACAAAUUGUAUUGUUAAUGUUCCAAAUUUUGAUUAA